CCCAAGAGAGAGAGGAGAGGAGAGGGCAGAGAGAGAGACAGAUGAUGUUUGUGAGACAAAGGGCAGUGGCAACCCUGCCAACUCUGAUGAGAGCUCUGCGGAAGGAGCCUCCAAAACCCACUACUCAGCCGCUGCCUUCCCUCCGACGCGCUUUCUCUCUCUACGAUCAGAUCAAUCUCAUCGAUAACGUCCCCGAAGAUCAACUCCGCUUUCAAGGGUAUACUGACACUGGAUUCACUGUAAGUGGAGUACAGUAUGAAGGGAGCUUGCUUUGUGUUGGAAAUGUUUUAUUGUCUUGGGGUCCAAAGAAAUUAUCGGAAAUCACUGCAGAUAGCUUAUCUAUCUUUCGAAUUGUGCGUCCUAUACCAGAAAUUUUGAUUCUUGGCUGUGGAAGACAUAUUGAACAAGUAGAUCCUGAGCUUCGACGCUACAUCCAAUCUACUGGCAUGAAACUAGAAGCAGUUGACUCGAGAAAUGCUGCAUCAACAUACAACAUACUAAAUGAGGAAGGCAGGAUUGUGGCUGCUGCACUUCUCCCCUAUGGAGUUUCUCGUGACGCCUAAUUGCUGCUAGCUUCUCCUCUGAGGUUGUGAUCUUCAAAAUGCGUUUCAUUUCUUUUGUUUGGGAAGCUGCUAAAAAAUGUCUUAAGGUAUGUUUUGGUGGAUGUAAUGUAGCUUGAGUUAGCUAACUUUUUAAUUUAUUUGUUUAAUAAAGGUGGCCCUUUAGAUUGUGAAUUAAGAGGCAUUCAAUGUCUGGUAUGUUUCUAUACCAUCUUUUCUUCCAGAGACCUGCAAAAACAUUAAGAAUGAAAACCCAAGAAAACCUUUUUCCUCUUAUCAUUUGAAUGUUAUGUAAACUCAGAAUCCUUCCCAAGAAAAAGUCUAGGAAUGAUUGAAUGGGUUCAAAUGAGUUAUCAUGAAAUGUAAAUCCUUACAAUAA